UUUCGUUGCUCCGAGCAACUGAAAGCUAGCAGGUGAUUGGUCACCUUUCGUAGGUGGCAACUGCUGCUAUGGCAACGGUUGUCACGCGUAUAAACAGUUGAGGACUUGUAAGCGUGAAACCAAGUACAUAGAAGAGUUGUUGGUUGUGAAGUAUAUUUUAAAAUAUAAUAUUUACGAAUCGUUCGUACUAAUAAUGUCUGUUACCACACGUAUGUCCUUGGCAAUGGGAAAGCAUGUAAGGACACUGAGGAGAAAACUGUAACAAUUAAUUUGUGUAUUUCCACAGACGCUAUGUUCCACUUUGGAGUCAUGUGUGUUUUGCCACGUCAAACUAUUACAUCUGUUUGUUUGUUAUGCAUGUAGUAAUGAUAUAAAGUGCACCUUGUCAUUAUGUUUUAAACAUAUGUUCAUAAACGUGUAUUGUCACCAAUUUAGUAAGAGCACUGCACGUUAUAGGGUGAAGGCUAACGUCUGGCUUUUCUUAGUCUUCUUUUCAGGCAGAAUAUUCAACUUUGUCCAAUCAAAUACAUAGCAGUUUUCAAUACAACGCCACAUGCUCGUGUAUAGUUGGAGAUUGCUGCUCGUUUCCUCAAAGGUGGCAAGAAUCCGAGGGAAACCAAAACAUAAUAUGUCACUUAGUACUUCAUGUAUUAUUGCAAAUGAACCAUUGACAAAGACUGUACAAUAUGAUGGUGUUCGUAAAAUAAUCAUGUCAAGUCAAAAAACAAGGAAUGCACUGUCCAUGAAAAUGAUGGAAGACUUGAUUGCAGGCAUCACCUGCAAUCAGAAUGACCCUUCUCUCAGGUGUAUUUUACUGUAUGGAGAAGGACGGGUGUUCUCAGCUGGCCACAAUUUGAAAGAACUGACAAGCAAAGAUGGGUCUGAAUUCCACCAUGAGGUUUUUGCAACCUGUUCUCGUCUGAUGCUAGGCAUCUUACAGUGUCCUGUGCCUGUCAUAGCUGUUGUUCAAGGACUGGCUGCUGCUGCUGGUUGCCAACUUGUUGCUAGCUGUGACAUUGCAAUUUGCUCUGAUAACAGCUCCUUCUCAACUCCAGGAGCAAACUUUGGAAUAUUCUGCUCUACACCUGGAAUUGCUGUUGGUCGUGCAGUGCCAAAAAAAGUAGCAGCACACAUGUUGUUUACAGGUCUUCCUCUUUCAGCUGAAGAAGCUUUAAGAGCAGGCCUUGUGAGCAAAGUUGUUCCUGCAGAAGAUCUAGAAGAAGAAGUGAGGAAGAUAGUGGAUUCAAUAUGUAACAAAAGUCGUGCUGUCAUUGAACUUGGCAAGAAGUUUUUCUAUCAGCAAUUAGAAACUGAUAUAAGAACUGCAUACAGAAUGGGUGAGGAAAUAAUGGUAAAUAACUUAGCGAUGUCUGAUGGCCAAGAAGGAGUUCGCAGCUUCAUAGAAAAGAGGAAGCCUUGUUGGACACACAGCUCAGAAAAAUGCCACUAAUGAUCAGCUAUUGCUUCUCUAAUUGUAAUAAUUGUUACAUAAGUUAGUCCGCUUUUGCAUGCAGUUAGGUCUAAAGGAAAGAAUUAUAGCUGCCUGUGGAAUUCUGUUCCUGAAGUAAGAUGUUGCUCAUUCAGAAAAUCCUAAGUAGCAGGUAUAGACCUUUAAUGGUAUUAUUGUGUGUGAAGGAUGCUAUACACUUUAUUUAUUUUCCAGUUGUUUCCAUAUUGUGUAAAUGAGGAGAAUUUUAUUAUUAAGUAACAAGAAAUACUGUAAAUAAAUGUUAUUUCUCGAUCCCUCAGUUACUAGUGCUCAACAAUUGCUACGUGCCAAUAAUGGUUAAUGAAUAUUCUGACAAGUCAGAAUUUUGCUUUAAAAAUGAAUCGAUAGUAUAAGAAUGAUAUUCCUAUGGUAAUUUUCUCACAUUUAAUGAAUACAAUGUAGAUAAUAAGUUACAUUUUACUUUUCGAAAAUUUAUGUACCUAUCACAGAAAAGGAAAUGAUAUGGAAUUAAAUGUAGACUUUUUAGUGACACAUUGUAGUACAUAGUGUGUUGCAAAGACAAGAUUAAUAAUUGUUCCAAUAUUCUGUAUUUUUACAGAACUUUCUCUUUAGACUGAGCAUGGAAUUGAUAUUUAUAUCUAUGUACACCAAAAUUUUGUAUUGUUCAAUCUGACAUGAGAAUUUUUACAUCUAUUGAUGCAUACUUGUUGAAUAAUAGACAUAAUAGUGAUUGUUAUCUCUUAGGUGUAGUUGUUAAGAACAGUCUUUGUUCCUUGUCACCAAUUUACAGUGUCCUGGAUUGUUAUUGAUAUUUUCAAUGAAAACUGUUAUUAAGUAACUAGAAGUAAUGUGUUUGCACAUAUAUAAAAGGCUUAUGAAGUUUCAUAAUUUGUAACUUUCAAAAUUAAUUUAGCAAGCAAGCAUUUUUAUUGUAAUUACAGUAAAUGCAAA